CGGACUCGGACUGCGCUACUACACUGCCGCCACCUACGCGAAAAUAGCAGUCAUGGAAAAGGAUGCUGAAGGUUUCUACACUCCUGCGGCGAAUGCUCCUGGCGAGAACGAGGACAAGCCUGAAGCCACCGAAAGCAAGAAUACCGGAACAGUAGAGGCUGCCAAAGAAAGCGCAACAGACCUCGUCAAGUCGGACUAUGAAGUGUCGGUGACAUUGGCAGACCAGCAAGCAGACCCGAACUCGCCCUUGUAUAGCGUUAAGACUUUCGAACAACUUGGUCUCCAUCAAGAUCUCUUGAAGGGAAUUUAUGACAUGGGCUUCACGAAGCCGUCCAAGAUCCAAGAGCGUGCCCUUCCUCUUCUCCUUUCCAAUCCUCCGCAGAACAUGAUUGGUCAAUCCCAAUCAGGAACGGGAAAGACGGCAGCUUUCGUCCUAACGAUGCUCAGCCGGAUAGACUUCUCUAGGAAUCAGCCACAGGCUCUCUGUCUUGCCCCCUCUCGUGAACUCGCCCGCCAAAUCAUGUCGGUCGUGGUGGCGAUGGGCAAGUUUACUCCUGUGCAGACCGAAUACGCGAUCAAGGACCAUCUGCCACGCAACGCCUCCAAGGUGACUGCGCAAGUUAUCGUCGGCACACCUGGUACUAUGACCGACCUCAUUCGCCGCAAAGUAAUUGAUACCUCGGCCGUCAAGAUCUUUGUCCUAGAUGAGGCUGACGAGAUGCUGAACCAAGAUGGACUCGGGGACCAGACAUUGAGGGUGAAGAACAUGCUUCCUCGCAGCCAAGUGCAAAUUGUCCUCUUCUCUGCCACGUUCCCAGACAAUGUCCGCAACUUCGCGAACAAGUUUGCACCCAAUGCAAACAAGAUCGAGCUGCAGAAGACUGAGGUGACCGUCGACAAUAUCCGGCAGUUCUACAUGGACUGCAGAGACGAGGAGCAUAAAUAUGAAGUUCUGGUCUCGUUGUACAACCUCCUUACCGUCGGUCAGAGUAUUAUUUUCUGUCAGCAUCGACACACCGCAGACCGGAUCUCACAACGUAUGACGAUGGAGGGUCACAAAGUUGCCUCUCUACAUGGUGCCAAGGACGCUUCCGAGCGUGACGCGGUCAUCGAUAGCUUUCGUGAAGGGCGAGAAAAGGUCCUCAUCACCACGAACGUCAUCGCGCGUGGAAUCGACAUCCUGCAGGUCAACUUGGUCGUGAAUUACGACCUCCCUCUUCUUGGCGAACAAGGCGGCUGGAAGAACAAGGACGACUUACGACCAGACAUCGAGACCUACAUACAUCGUAUUGGUCGCACGGGUCGUUUCGGACGCAAGGGUAUCUCGAUUAACUUCGUCCAUGACAAGCGGACGUGGCAGCAGAUGGAGGAGAUCGAGAAGGCGACUGGGAAGCAGAUAAUACGGAUUGAGACAAACGACUUGGACGCAAUGGAGGAGCAAAUGAAGAAGGCUCUCAAGUCCUGAGCGGUCAGAUUAUAGCAGCUCUUACGUACUACUGCCAGCUAUACUGUAUCUGCCCGUUUUAUCGUGUCAAGCGUAGUCGAAGCGCAGUGUAUCGAUACGUGUAUGCAGAUGAUGCAGCAACAAUUCAUCCACGACCCAUUGUCUCUCGGUGAAG